AGACAGGCAGUGCAUAACAGUGCAUAUUGAUGAUUGAUAUUUUACAAGAAUAGGACAAAUUAUUUCGAGAUAAAUAUAGGGACGUGUAAAAAGAAGAAAAUCAUAAUGAAAACACAAAAGUGGGAGGAAUUGGAUGUGCGACUGAGUGAUCCUAUACUGAGAACACUCAAACAAUUGAGAUUUUUCAAUAUGACACCAGUUCAGGCAGCUUGUAUACCGUUGUUAUUAAAUGGUAAAGAUGUUGCCGCAGAAGCAAUUACGGGCAGUGGCAAGACACUCGCUUUUCUUAUUCCUCUGUUGGAGAUGUUACAAAAACGAACUGAAAAAUGGAAGGCUACAGAGGUAGGAGCUAUAAUAGUCAGUCCCACGAGAGAAUUGGCUACACAGAUUAGUGAAAUUUUAGGAGAAUUCUUAAAGGAAAUUCCAUUAUUGAAGCAAAUACUACUGGUUGGUGGCGUGACACUUGAGAAAGAUGCAGAAAAAUUGAAGAAAGGAGCAAAUAUUAUUGUUGCCACACCUGGUAGAUUGAAGGAUAUCUUGUCUAAUUCUAACAAUUUGAGUCUAUGUGUAAAGUCUUUGGAAUUUCUUGUAUUAGAUGAGGCAGAUAGAUUAUUAGACUUGGGAUUCUCUGCGACUUUAGAUAGUAUUUUAAGCUAUUUGCCACGUCUUAGAAGAACAGGAUUGUUUUCUGCAACACAGACGAAAGAAUUACAGCAAUUGAUUAGGGCAGGACUGAGAAAUCCAGCAUUGAUCGCUGUGAAAGAAAAGUCUAAUGUCUCCACGCCUGUAAAUUUAAAAAACAGUUUUACAAUCGUUCGUCCUGAGUACAAAUUGCCAGUAAUGAUAGAUUUUAUACGCUCAAUAGGAUUUGAAACGAAGUAUAUGAUAUUUUUACCUACCUGCGCGUGCGUGGAUUAUUUCAGUCGAAUUAUACAGACAUUGUUACCGUCGGUAAACGUACUUGCUCUACACGGUAAAAUGAAAAACAAGAGAUAUAAAGUGUUUGAUAAAUUUCGAUAUACCCAAAAUGGCAUCUUAAUAUGCACAGAUGUGAUGGCUCGUGGAAUCGAUAUAUCGGAAAUAGAAUGGGUGUUGCAAUAUGACCCUCCCUCUACAGCUAGCAAUUUCGUGCACAGAUGUGGUAGGACCGCAAGAAUUGGCAAUGAAGGAAAUGCAUUGCUGUUUCUUCUAGAAACAGAGAGUGCAUAUGUAGAUUUCAUUAAAAGAAAUCAAAAGGUUGAGCUGCGACAAAUGGAAACAGAAUUGAAUAAAAAUACUGUUGAUGAAUGCUUACAGUACAUGAGGCAGAUGCAACUGAAGGAUCGACUUAUGUUUGAUAAAGCCAACCGUGCCUUUGUUUCAUAUGUGCAAGCGUAUAAUAAACACGAAUGUAAUUUAAUUCUUCAGUUAAAAGAUAUUGAUUUGGGAAAAUUGGCUAUGGGUUUUGGUCUUUUGAGAAUGCCAAAGAUGCCAGAGCUCAAAGGGAAGAAUGUAUCGUCUUUUGUUGGUCCUGAAAUCGAUAUAAACACGAUAUCUUAUGCAGACAGACAACGUGAAUUGCGUAGGAUUAAAAGAUUAAGCGAAUAUCAGAACACUGGGAUUUGGACAAAUAAUCAGAGCAGAUGUAGACGAAAACGAGCGGAAUCUUGGUCUGAAACUAAAAAGAAAAAGCUCGAGAGACAAGAGAAACGAAGUAAGCGAAAAGAAAGAAAGGAAUUGAAACAACAAUUUUCAACAACUUCCAAUAAAAAGAAGAGGAAGCGAAUAAACGAAGAAGAUAUCGUACAAUUGGCGAAAGAUGUAGCAUUAAUUAAAAAAUUUAAGAAGAGGAAGAUAUCGCAAGAAGAAUUUGAUGCGGCUUUUCAAGUAUGAAAAUGUCAUGUCUUGAGGUGAUUGUAGAAGGCUCAUUUAAGACAUCUCGAAAGCGAUCGAAAUUUCUCACUCUCUUGAUAUUUUCAAUAUAUGUGUUUCUCUUAAAAUAUAUCAUAUAUUGGUAAUGUAAACGCAGCAAUUAAUAUUUCUAGUAUUUCCUUAUCAUUCCUUUCCUUUGAGUUUCUACAAUGGUUUACAGAUAGAUAUUCGUAUCAUUAUGUAAAUAAAUAGAGCAUACAUGAAAAA